AUGAAGCAGAGGUUUUCGUCUCUAGAUGUCAAGGUCAUUGCGCACGAGCUCCAAGGGAGCUUGGUGACUCUACGGCUAGCGAAUGUCUACGACCUCUCCUCCAAGAUCCUCCUCCUGAAAUUCGCCAAACCGGAUAACAAGCAGCAACUUGUCAUAGACAAUGGGUUUCGCUGCCACUUGACUGACUUUGCCCGAACAACUGCAGCGGCACCGUCUGCCUUUGUAGCUCGGCUACGCAAAUAUCUCAAGACCAGGCGAUUGACGUCCGUUGCGCAAGUGGGAACCGAUAGAAUCCUCGAAUUCCAGUUUAGCGAUGGCCAAUAUCGCCUGUUCCUCAAAUUCUUCGCCAGUGGAAAUAUUAUUCUCACAGAUGCCGACCUAAAGAUAUUGGCUAUUUCUCGCAAUGUUAGUGAGGGAGAGGGGCAGGAGCCCCAAGGGGUUGGCCUACAGUACUCUCUGGAGAAUAGGCAGAACUUUGGUGGCAUCCCUGCUUUGACAAAAGAAAGGAUAAGGGAUGCCCUUAAGACUGCUGCUGAAAAGGCUGAAGCAAGCAAAGUGGCCGCUACUUUCUCCGGUUCGAAAGCGAAAGGCAAGUCUGGUGGCGAUCUACGGAAAGCGUUGGCAGUAUCUAUAACAGAGCUGCCUCCUGCCCUGGUUGAAAAUAUUCUUCAGGCAAAUAGCUUUGAUGUCUCCGCCAAGCCGGCUGAUGUGGUUGAUAAUGAGCUGCUGCUGGAUGAACUGGUUAAACACUUGUCUGAAGCUCGUGAUAUUGUUGAAAACAUUAUCGCAUCUGCCACCUGCAAGGGUUACAUUUUCGCCAAGAAAAAGACGGCUCCUUCGAGUGGACCGGACGAGACGGAUCAGGCUCAAAAACAUGAGGGAUUGCUCUAUGAAGAUUUCCAUCCAUUUGUCCCUCAAAAGUUCAAGAAUGACCCCUCUAUUCAAGUAUUAGAAUUUGAAGGGUAUAACCGAACGGUUGAUGAGUUCUUUUCCUCUCUAGAGGGCCAGAAGCUAGAAUCUCGUCUUAGUGGGAGAGAGGAAGCUGCCAAGAAGAAGCUUGAAGCAGCCAGGCACGAACAGGCCAAGCGAAUCGAAGGUUUGCAGGAUGCACAGGCGAUGAAUCUUCGCAAAGCAGCUGCGAUUGAAGCAAAUGUGGAGCGUGUGCAGGAAGCCAUGGAUGCGGUUAAUGGCCUUCUCGCUCAAGGUAUGGACUGGGUAGAUAUUGGAAAGCUCAUUGAGCGAGAGAAGAAACGACAGAACCCGGUUGCCGAGAUCAUCAGCCUUCCCCUGAAACUAGCAGAAAACACCAUUACGCUUCUCCUCGCAGAAGAGGAGUUUGAUGAGGACGAAGCGGCAGAGGACAAUCCUUUCGAAACGGACGAUAGCGAUUCUGAAGCAGAGGCGAGCGAAGUCACGCCAACCAAGGAUAAGAAAGCCGACAAGCUUCUCACUGUUGAUAUCGUCCUCAAUACAAGCCCCUGGAGCAACGCAAGAGAGUACUAUGAAGAGCGAAGGUCUGCUGCUAUGAAGGAGGAAAAAACUCAGCUUCAAGCGAACAAAGCCCUGAAGAGCACCGAGCAAAAAAUUGCAGAAGAUCUGAAGAAGGGUUUAAAGCAGGAGAAGGCUCUUUUGCAGCCCAUUCGCAAGCAGAUGUGGUUUGAGAAAUUCAUCUGGUUCAUCUCUUCGGAUGGGUACUUGGUUCUUGGAGGGAAAGACCCUCAGCAGAGCGAAAUGCUUUACAGAAGGUAUCUGCGCAAGGGAGAUGUUUACUGUCACGCUGAUAUCCGUGGCGCCGCGCAUAUUGUGAUAAAGAAUAACCCAAACACGCCGGAUGCCCCUAUCCCUCCCGCAACUCUAUCACAGGCAGGGUCACUGUCAGUAUGCACCUCAGACGCCUGGGACUCCAAAGCGGGCAUGGGCGGAUGGUGGGUGAAUGCGGAUCAAGUAUCUAAAUCGACCCCGACAGGAGACAUCCUACCAGCUGGGAACUUUACGAUUCAAGGAAAGAAGAACUAUCUUCCUCCGACGCAACUUUUACUUGGUUUGGGUUUUACGUUCAAGAUUAGCGAGCAGAGCAAAGGCAAGCAUUUGAAACACCGAGUGCAUGACGAGCGCUCUUCAUUAGCCACAGAGACUGCGACGACGGGUGAAGAUGAGUUACAAAACGCUGAAGAAGUUGAUAAUUCAGAAGAUUCGGGCGACGAGUCGGAAGAAAAUCAGCCUGGAGACGACAAACGAGCCAAUCCUCUGCAAGGCUCUGGCGACGAGGACGAGGUUAUAGAGGACGCAUCAGACAAGUUGUCAACUGUAAAGAUCAGUGACCAGCCUCAGAGCGAUGAGGCUGAGCUGUUGCCUGUGGAUACAACUAAAGAGGAGCAAGGAGAGGGAGCAAACGAGGCGGAUGCAGACGAAGAAGAAGAUGACAAUGAGGAAGACGAGGUAACGCCUUCUGAACCAGCCACGGAAGUUUCUGAAGCCCCUACCCGGGCUUCUGAUGUUACUUCAUAUACUACAGGAGCCUCAGAGGCAACAAAGAAAAGAGGCCAGAAGCGUGGACAAAAGGGAAAAGCAAAGAAGAUUGCUCAGAAAUACAAGGAUCAGGAUGAAGAAGACCGCGCCACAGCAGAAGCUUUGAUAGGAGCAACGAUAGGACGACAGCGUGCUGAAGCAGAAGCUGCCGCGAAAGCCCAACGGCUGGCCGAACUGGAAGCCCAGAAGGAGCGCCGACGGGCUCAACACGAACGGAAACAAAAGGAAGUUGCAGAACAAGAGGAGAUUCGCCGCGCGAUGAUGAACGAGGGCCUAGAUGUUCUGGAACCUGACGAGGCAGAGAAGGCGACAAACCUGGACACGUUGGUUGGCACGCCGCUGGCUGGAGACGAGAUUCUGGAAGUCGUUCCCGUUUGCGCACCUUGGAGCGCCCUGGUUCGAUACAAAUACAAAGUCAAGAUGCAGCCGGGCUCCGUGAAGAAGGGCAAGGCAAUCAAGGAAGUGCUGGAGCGGCUGAAGACGGACUCGGCCAGGAAAGGAGUCAUAGACGAGGCGGCGAGGGAUUCGGAGAAGAUGUGGCCCAGGGAGAUUGAGCUCAUCAAGGCACUCAAGCCAGAGGAAAUCGCCAACAGUGUACCCGUCAGCAAGCUAAGAGUCAUGAUGGCCGGUGCGAGUGGAGGGAGUGGCUCUUCUGGCGGAGGCGGGAAGAGCAAAGGUGGCGGAAAGGGUCAAGGAAAGGGUGGCAAG